AUGGUGAUGUAUUGGCACUUUACCAAUAAAGUGAUGCUAUUAGUUUUUAUAUGUAUCGUGUCUUUGACUUUUUCACAACCAACAAAAGUCGUGUUGACUAUGAGUAAGACUGAAAACGUCAUUCUCUCACCGCCGUAUACUGAUCUUGAAAGUAAUAAAUGUGAACUUGGAAAACAUAAAGGUGUGCUCUACGAGUUCAAGAACACUUCCCCAAGAAACGUCAAACUCAAUUUGGACUUUUACAACAAUCCUCCGAACAAGAUUCAUGUCGCGUUAUUUGACACAACAAAAUGUUUAGUCAAACAAGACUCAAAGACACACCUCUCUGAAAUCCGACACAUAGUACGUCCUUCACAAACAAUACACUUAGCUAUCUAUUCAACAAAUGAGAAAGGCGAAGACGUUGAUGCGCGCGUUGUAGUCCGUAUCCGCUCGAAUUUACAAGUCGUCCGUUCCUCUCCCAAUAGAGGCAAAAGCUGCCCGGACGCCUCUCCUCUAUUUAGUCAAAUGUAUUUUCGAGGGACUGGAGUGAAGUGGUACACCAUCAAAGUUAUGAAAAAUGAGAAAAGAGUGAUAACCACGUGUUCUGGAUUCACACAGAUGCCCGUCAAAUUAGAAAUAUAUGACACGUGUAGUGGUCAUCUCAUCGACUUCACAGAGACAAAGUGUAACACUGCGAAUGGGGUCUCCGGCUUUUUUAAAGCGGAAAAGAGUGGGAGAGUCUAUUUGAAAGUGACUCCCCUGCCGGGGCUCAGAAAAGACGUCAAAACGAAGUCUUUGAAAACACAAAGACGUCUGAAGAGAAAAAGUCCACAGGUGGAAGGAAGAAGAACGAAUCGGUCACUUGAUAGGUAUGCUAUUGAAACAUUCUCGGACACUCAAAAGACACACUACGCUAAGUGCGAAGCAGCGAAAGUCAUCUCGUCGUUUUAUGUGCAAGACAACGUCCAUUUCAUGAACUUCGCGAAGACUAAAAGCGAGUGCGGGGGGGUAUCGCGAGCAGCGUAUUACAAAAUAUUUGUCCCACGAAAAGUGAGUGUCCAGAUGAAUACGUGCGGGUGGAAGAACACGGGAAGUUCGAAGAUGUCCGUCAUCGAGAAGUGUGGAGGGAAGUGUCUGAAUGUAAAAACAACGAAGUGCCAAAGCGGGCGUGGGGAGCGACUUCUUGUGCGUGGAGAGAGUAAAUCGCGAUGGGUGUAUUUGCGAGUUGAAGAAACAGAUGAGAGCGAUAUAGGAAAUGUGAUGGUCCAAAUUUCUCGAAUUGGUGGGAAUUUGUUGAUGAGAAGAAAAUUUGUGAGAAGGCCAUUUUGGCUGAACAGAAUUUUGAGAAUGAGAGGAAGACGGUGGAGAGGAAAUCGAAGAUUUCAAUAUGGAAGAAAUGGGAGAUAUAGAAGAUUUAGAAAAUAUCAAGUGAUUGGUAAAAAAAUUCAACAAAACACAUCAAAACAAGACCAAAAUAAAAAGAGGCAAAUGGAAAAGAAAAUGGAAGAGAAAAAUAGAAGAGAACGACUUGUCACAAAUUUUGAAAAGUCGUUGAGGAACAAAGAUAAUACUAUUCAAAAUUAUAAUAAUAAACUAAACACACAAAAUCAAGUAAAACAGGAACAAGAAGUCAACAAGAACACUUUUGAAAGAAACCAAAAGAAAGAAGUCAAACCAGUAUUUCUUGAUCAGAAAGUCAGUGAUGUGAAAAUAGUGUCACUCGAAAGAAACAACAGCUCAACAAUAGUGAAAGUGCUUUUGGGGGUCGUUGGAGUUUCUUUUCUCGGAGUGAGUGGUUUUAUUGCUUACAAAGUGUUUUUAAAGAAGAAAACAGACAAUAACUACAUCCCUCUUUAA